CCCAUGAACGCCCUCACCCUUUUUUCUUUUUGAGCCUCGCUUUCGCCCAUUCCACGUAGGGCGAGUAAACGGAGCCGUUGGACGACCCCUUUCUCAGCCUAGCAGCGAUAACGCCUUCUUAGAAACGCCGAUACGCCACCUAUAUGAACAGAAUGCGGCUCAACAACUGCACACUCUUUUCGCCUCUUCUCGUCUGUCUCAUUCUUUUCUCCACUCCCACCCUCCUUGUAUACAGCCUGCCCAUCGUCUCAGACCAGCAGAAGGACCUCAAGAUCGAGGGCAGAAGCCAGGACUCUCCGCAAGCCGGUUUUGUCAGAGCGGUCGGAAACGCUAGCUCUGGCUCUCCGCGCAUUCGCAAGAGGUGGGAUCUGUUCGGCGGCAGUCUCUUUGGUUGGGGAGGAGGGUUCCCUACUGAAAAAGCCACCUGAGAAAGCGUAGACCCGAGACUGCGAUCAACGGCCGUCACGAUACUUGCUCCCAUGCAGCCGCCAGAGGGGACGGCCUGUGCAGCUCGCAGGUCCUGCGUGAUUGCUCACACAAUUACAACGACUUCUUCGCCUCACCUACGCUCCUUUAAUACCAACAUGUACCAUACAGAGCUCUGCUUCUCUUCCUUUUAAGGGCAGUGAUAUAUAUCCGGAUCGAUUUC